CUUAUCCCCAUUGGCUUUCAACCUUUCUUUUCUUGCUUUUUCUUUAAAUCUAUGAUAUGAAACCCUAACUCAUCCCACACAUCAUAUAUAUGGAAGCAGCAGCCAGUUCGGUUCUCUCCGUAAACGAGUUCGUUCGUUUCAAUAUGUUAUGCAGCCGUGGUGACAACUCGAAAAGAGGUUUAACUCGAAAGAUACUUAAGGACUAUAAACGUCAUGGAAGUUUUAUGAAGGUCGGUAGUCCUCAAGAUUCUGCUUUUGUCAUUCAUAGUUCACCCAGAAAGGGAUUUCCUCGUACUGGUAAAGAGCUUGUUCUUGGUUUAGAAAUGGAAGGUCUUAUGCUUGAUGAUCCUACCUUGACAGCUUUGAUGUUGUAUUAUGCCAAUAAUAGAUUUUUCACCCAAGCAGAUGCGUUAUGGCAUGAAAUAUUGAACAGUUGUUUUGAUCUUGAUAUUCGUGUAGUUUCAAACCUGAUUGAUGCUUAUAUCGAUGGAGGGCUUUAUAAUGAAGUAACUAGAAUUGUACAUGACAUUUGUCUUAGGCAUCCCGAAUUACAAUAUGAAGUGUAUUUGCACACUAUAUCUUGUUUUGGGAAGAUAGGAGAGCUUGAGCGAAUGGAUAAUACUAUAAAAGAUAUGGUCUCAAAGGGAUUUCCUAUUGGUUCUGCUAUAGGUAAUGCUUAUAUUGUGUAUUAUAGUCGGUUUGGUUCAAUAACCAUGAUGGAAAAUGCUUACAAGCGUUUAAAAGGGUCAAGAUUUCUGAUCGAAAAAGACGGGAUUAUGGCGGUUUCUGAUGCUUAUAUACGAGAUAAAAAGUUCCAUAGUUUGGGUAACUUCUUAAGGGACGUGGGUGUUGGUAGGAGAAACGUUGGAAAUCUUCUUUGGAAUUUGUUAUUGCUAUCAUAUGCAGCCAAUUUUAAAAUGAAGAGUUUACAAAGGGAGUUUUUGAAUAUGUUAGAUGCUGGAUUCUAUCCGGAUCUCACUACUUUUAAUAUCCGGGCUGUGGCUUUCUCAAAGAUGUCUUUAUUCUGGGAUCUCCAUUUAAGCCUUGAGCAUAUGAACCAUAAUGGAGUUUUGCCGGAUCUUGUCACAUAUGGUUGUGUCGUUGAUGCAUAUUUUGACAGGAGAUUAGGGAGGAAUUUGGAUUUUGCUAUGAGGAAAAUGAAUGUGAAAGAUUCUGCUCUUGUAUUAACAGACCCCAUUGUGUUUGAGGUUAUGGGGAAAGGGGAUUUUCACUCUAGCUCAGAGAUACUAAUGGAAUUUAGAACACAGAAGACUUGGAGUUAUAAGAAAUUGAUCACAGUAUAUCUCAAAAAAAUGUAUCGUAGUAAUCAAGUUUUUUGGAACUACUGAUGUAUUAUGGGAGACAAGAAAUGUGCUUUUAGUUGAGCCUUGAAUAACCCCAAAGACCCCGCCGGAGGUAGAUAACCUCAAUAGCCUCUGUAAUGAUAUGCAUUGAUAUAUGAUUGGUUUCUGGUCUAUAUCCCCUUGUGACAGAUGCCACACAUCAGGUGGCAUGGAGGCAACUUUCCUUUUCAAGACGAUAUUUAUAUACCAGAAUUGUGGUAUGUAUCUCAGCUCUACUAUAGGCAAUAAAGUGACUGAAAGCCACAAGUUGGCAAAACGUUGUAGCCGAUUGCAAGAGUGCUUAGCUAGUUAGUUAUGUAGUGUAAAUUGGAUAGCUAGGUAGUAUAACUAAGUGGUGUGGUCUCAUAUGUGCAUAUGAAAUACUGUAUAUAAUAACACAGAUAUAGGAUCCAUAUUGCAGCAAUCUACAACAUUUUUUGAUGUA